CUGCGCCGGCUGCAGCCUCCCUCCACCUCGCUCACCCCCUCCUCCUCGCACUUUCUUCUGUUCUCCCUUCCUCUCGGCUCACACAGCCGGACUCCGCGCUCUUCUCGCUGGCCGCCCUGGGAAGCGCCGGCCGCCACCGCCCAGCCUGCACCCGCCGUCCCCCAGUGCUCGGGCACCUGUUGGACGCACAGAGACAGGGGUGCUGCAUGAGGGGCCGCAGGGGUGACCGCAUGACCAUCAACAUCCAGGAGCACAUGGCCAUCAACGUGUGCCCCGGGCCCAUCCGGCCUAUCCGCCAGAUCUCUGACUACUUCCCCCGCCGGGUACCAGGACCCGAAGGGGGUUGUGGAGGCUUUGGGGAGGCCCCUGCUGCUCUGGCCCCCCUGGCCCUGGCCCCCCCUGUGGCCCUCCUUGGGGCCACCACGCCCGAGGAUGGAGCUGAAGUGGACAGCUAUGACUCCGAUGAUACCACCACCUUAGGCAUGUUGGAGUUUGACCUUCUCUACGACCAAGCUUCCUGCACGCUGCACUGUAGUAUCCUCAGGGCCAAGGGCCUCAAGCCCAUGGAUUUUAAUGGCCUGGCUGACCCCUAUGUCAAGCUGCACCUACUGCCUGGAGCCUGCAAGGCCAAUAAGCUUAAAACCAAGACUCAGAGGAACACGCUGAAUCCCGUGUGGAAUGAGGACCUGACGUACAGUGGGAUCACAGACGACGACAUCACCCACAAGGUGCUCAGGAUCUCCGUCUGUGAUGAGGACAAGCUGAGCCACAACGAGUUCAUCGGGGAGAUCCGCGUGCCCCUCCGCCGCCUCAAGCCUUCCCAGAAGAAGCACUUUAAUAUCUGUCUUGAGCGCCAGGUCCCGUUGGCCUCGCCCUCUUCCAUGUCGGCGGCACUGAGAGGCAUCUCCUGUUACCUGAAGGAGCUGGAGCAGGUGGAGCAGGGCCCUGGGCUGCUGGAGGAGCGUGGCCGCAUCUUGCUGAGCCUCAGCUACAGCUCCUGGCGCCGGGGGCUCCUGGUGGGCAUUGUGCGCUGUGCCCACCUGGCUGCCAUGGACGUCAAUGGCUACUCAGACCCCUACGUCAAGACGUACCUGAGGCCAGAUGUGGAUAAGAAAUCCAAGCAUAAAACGUGUGUGAAGAAGAAGACCCUAAACCCAGAGUUUAAUGAGGAGUUUUUCUAUGAGAUAGAGCUCUCUGUUCUGGCCACCAAGACUCUGGAGGUCACAGUGUGGGACUACGACAUUGGCAAAUCCAACGACUUCAUCGGUGGCGUGUCCCUAGGGUCAGGUGCCCGGGGGGAGGCCAGGAAGCACUGGGGCAACUGCCUGCAGCAGCCGGACACAGUUCUGGAGCGCUGGCACACCCUGACCAGUGAGCUGCCCCCGGCGGCCGGAGCCCUCCCCUAA